UUUGCCAACUUACAUGACCAGGACAUAAUUAACUAAAUAAACCUAUAAUAAUAAAAUAAACAAUGUAAUCUGUCGGAUGUUGAAGCAGAGACACAGGUGGAUGCGUAAAGUGCUCAAGGCAGACCUUCACAUCCUACAUUCAGCACUGAUUGAAUGAACAGUUAUUUAUUGUCACCACAUGGAACCACUUCCCCUUGUUGAACAUAUGAAAAACCCUACUGACCAUUGUAAUCGGACAAAUUACUACUGAUGUGUGACCAAAGCACGGAGAUGGCUGGAUGUGACAGCGGUCCAGAUGGGGAGGAGCCUGCGUUACCGUCACCCAGAGGAGGACUUGGAGAGGAGGGGAGGGUGUUGUCAGAGCAACAGGACGGAGAGGCUCACUCAGAAUCCCUCAGGGGGGAGAAGCAGAGCUUCAGGUGGAGAAGUGGGGCAAGAGGACGAGGAGCUGACCAGCGGAUCGCAUGACCUCUCUUCCUCGGCCAAUCACAGCCCUGGAAGCGUCUCAGUUUCAACAAAGAGCAGUGACAAUACAGACGGUAGCAGAGGGCAGGCCCACAGAGAGGUGAUGGUCACUGUUGCUGAGAUGAAGAAGAGGAUUCCAUCAGACAAACGCAGUCGCAGCAAAUCCAGCACUGUGGAGGCCUUACAUUACGCACUCCGCUGUGUCAAACAAGUGCAAGCUAAUAGCGACUACUACAAACUGCUGAUGCGAAAUGGCCAGGACGAGAGGAGAAAUGCCACUGUUUGCACCUUGGAAGAGUUGGAGAGAGUCACAUCUGAACACACCCUUAAGAACACGGACUCCUUCGUGGUGGUUUUCUCCCUGUCGAGUGGCCGCGUGCUGUACGCGUCGGAGCAGGCUCCCAGCAUCCUUUGCUGCAAGAGAAAGUUCCUGGAGUCGUCCAAGUUUGUGGAGCUGCUCUUCCACCAGGAUGUUAAUGUCUUCUACUCGCACACGGCUCAGCCACAUCUGCCGCCCUGGAGCAACUCGCAUACAGCGGGGGUUCUGUUUGACUCUGCUCAGGUCAAGUCUUUCUUCUGCAGAAUCAGGGGCGGGAAGGACCGUGAGGGUGAGAUGCGCUACAACCCGUUCCGGAUAACACCCUACCUGCUGACGGUGCAGGGAACAGGAAGUAGUGGGGAAGAGGAGGAGCCAUGCUGUUUGGCGCUGGCUGAACGCAUCAUCUCUGGCUAUGAGGCACCUCGGAUCCCCAUGGACAAGCGCAUCUUCACCACCACACACUCACCCGGCUGUGUGUUCCUGGAAGUGGAUGACAGGGCUGUGCCGUUGCUAGGAUACCUUCCCCAGGAUCUGAUUGGCACGUCUUUGCUGACUUGCAUUCACCCAGAUGACCGCCUUCUUAUGCUCUCUAUGCACCGGAAAGUGUUGAAGUAUGCGGGCCAGUCUCCGUUCGAGCACUCUCCGGUGCGUCUGCGCUGUCAGAAUGGGGACCACAUCACCUUGGACACCAGCUGGUCCAGCUUCAUCAACCCUUGGAGCCGCAAGGUGGCCUUUAUCAUUGGACGGCACAAAGUCAGGACGAGUCCACUGAAUGAGGAUGUGUUUGCUGCACCGUCUAAGGAGGAUGUCACAGUCACCCAUGAGGAGAUAAAAGAUCUGCAAGCCAAUAUCUAUAAGCUUUUUCUGCAGCCGAUCCAUAACAAUGGUUCCAGUGGUUAUGGCAGUUUGGGGAGUAACGGCUCUCAUGAGCACUACAUUAGCGUGGCUUCUUCAAGCGACAGCAAUGGCAACCUGUGGGAGGACUCGCACCGCGAACCGGUGACUUUGCAGCAGAUCUGUGCUGAUGUGAAUCGAGUCAAGAGUUGGGGCCAGCAGGCUUAUCUGGGCUCCAACCACAAAAUUGCCCCUUUUGGCAAACCAACAACAGCACAUCUGCCCCCUGCAGUCUCCAACUCUAAGGUCCCAGAUCAUGAGGAGGGCAGGAAGCAAACGCAUAUUCCCUCCUAUCAGCAGAUCAACUGUGUUGACAACAUCAUCAGAUAUUUGGAGAGUUGUACAGGCCCGGCCCUCAAACGGAAGAGUGACUCUCACUCCCUGGCCACCUCUUCCUCCUCCUCCUCCUCUACCUCAGAAGACGACAAACCUGCUGGAGCCACUGACACAGCUCAGGCCAGCUCAGACGUGGUGUUGGACAGUGCGGCGUCAGCCCCGACGGCAGCAGCAGUUGUUGGAGCGCCUCUGACAGACAUCACAAUGUCUACUAAGGCCAUGAGUGUAGUCUCUGUCACCAGCCAAUGUUCGUACAGCAGCACCAUCGUCCAUGUGCCACAGCCUGAAUCAGAGGCCACGGCAUUGGAGGACGCCCCGAUGGGCAGUGAGCCUGCUGAUGCUGCUCCGGCCCCUGUUCGUCCUGCCCCGAGCCCCCCCACAGAGGAACCAAGGUUUAUAGGUCUCACCAAGGAGGUGCUGUCAGCUCACACCCAGAAGGAGGAGCAGGAGUAUGUGGAUCGUUUCCGCCAUCGCAUCCUCCAAAGCCCCUACAGCUCCUAUCUGCAGCUGGACAACAGCUCUAUGGCUCACUCCCACCACCCAGGCGACCACCUACGUCCAGUGAGCGCUCGUGGGUUGAACUGCUCUCGGAGAGGAAAGCCCAAACACAAGCGCCCCAAACCCCAGGGUUCCUCCGACAGUUACACUUCCCCAGCUGGCCCUCCUCGCCACGUACCAGACUCCUCCUGGCCCUCCUCAGAGUCCUCCCAGCCCCAGAUGGGGGCGCCCUACAGCCAAACAUCCCCACUCCAGGCGCCAUUCUUCCCCAUGAUGGCAAACCAGCCUAGACCACAGCAGCCGCCUGGAGCAACCCCCAUGGUGCUGCAGCCGCCUGACCAAACCCAGCUCGGCUACAACUUCAACAUCAUGCAGACGGCUCAGAGCCUGCAGGGCAUGCAACCAUUCCAGAUGGAGCCCUUUCAGAAUCUGCAGAAUAUCCAGAACUUUCACAACUUGCAGCCGCUCAUUUCCGCCCAGGGCAUCAAUCCUUACAUGACUCCGGUCAUGACUGUCAUCCUGCCCAGCUACCCAACAUUUACACCAGGUUACCCAUCCAUUUACCCACCAUCCGCUCCUUCAAUGUUGCCCCAGGUACCCAUCACCAUGACAGGCUUUACUCCUGGCAGUGUCCCCUUCCCUCAGCCCCAGUUCCAAGCCCAGCCUGGCAAUCAGACCUGCAUGGGCCCCCUGUUUUGCUCACCCAGAGCCACCUCCUCCGUCGGGGAAGAGGAGGAGGCAGCUGAGCCUCAAGCUUUAUUCUCCAGCUCUCGCUCCAGUUCUCCUCUGCAGCUCAACUUGCUGCAGGAAGAGCUUCCAAAGCCAAGUGAAGGGCUGAGCAGCAACGGGCACAACCAUGCAGAGAACCUCCACGAACAACAUGCCAUCCAGGGUGAUAAUCCCGAUGAGUCUGGGAACCAUGAUGCCCAGUCUACAUCCAGUGAGCUGCUUGACAUGCUGCUGCAGGAGGAUGCCAGGUCAGGAACCGGCUCCAACGCCUCAGGGUCUGGAUCAGGGGAGUCUGGAGGAUCCCUGGGAUCUAGAUCUGGAUCUGGAUCUGGAUCUGGCUCCAAUGGAACCUCCACCUCACACACUGGCAGCAGCAACAGCAGCAAAUACUUUGCCAGCAAUGACUCUUCGGACACAUCACGCAAAGCCCGUAAGAGCCAGGAGGCAUCCGCAGAGCUCCAUUUAGACACUCGGGCAGAGAACUCACUUUGGGGCAUGAUCCAGCACACGUCUGAGCGUGUCAUGAUGACGUACCAGAUCCACAGCAGAGACCAGAAUGAGGUGUUGGCAGAAGACAGGGAGAAGCUUCGGGUGCUUCAGCCCCUCCAGCCCUGGUUCAGCCAGGAGCAGAGAGAGGAGCUGGCUGAGAUCCAUCCCUGGAUCCAACAGCACACUAUCCCAGAGGAGAUAGACACACAGGGUUGUGUGAGUUGCAACUCAGGCCCAGGGGUUGUCCAGUCGCCUUACUCUUCUGCCCCUGAUAGCCGGUCCUCUCUGGAGAUCCCCCAGCAGGACUACGAGGGACCUGUGGUUGACACCUGAGAGACCUGGACCUCAAAACAAACAACUAACCACCGAGCUCACAGCAAACUAGACCUGACAGAAACCUCAACACCUCCCACCAUGCAUCUCUUCUGACGAAGUCUAGAGGAGUGGGUCCCAAUGCUUUAGUUUGACGUUUUACAUGUUUUGUAAAGGUAUUGGAAGCUGGACCAGGCUUUGAGGAAUGGAGGAAGAGAAAGGCAUUUUCUCUCAGUCAGCCUAAUGAGACUGCCUUUAUCGGACCAUGAAUAUUAUACCUCUCUUCUUGUUGUGUUCAUAGACCCCUGUAGGGGUUUAGUUUGUAUUUAAGACUGACCAGUUAAUGGCACCAUGGACCACUUGACACUCAAUAUAGUAAGACGGUCCCAUGAACAUGAGCGCUGUGUACACACACCCGGUCUGCUGGAUCAGUGUGACUGGCUGACAGAGACAAAGACGGCGCUGGCCCAGUUUCAUAUUAGAUUUCUUUUGAUGGACAUGAAGACAAAGACACAUCUGCUUCUCUCUGUUUAUAAUGUUCAGAUUCUAGUCUUGUAAGUUCAUCGUUAUUGGAGUGUAUUCUCUUAUUACAUAGGUUGGUUUCCUCUUGUUUUGACCAUCAGCUUUUAAGUUACUCUUGACUCACGAACAACAGCAAACAUGAUGAACAUUUCAAAUUUAAUUUAAUGCUACAUGACAAGUCCACCCCAAUGUCCAAAACGUCCUGAAGCGAGUCCUAUCAUCACCCUUUAUCCUGGUCGUCACCCUAUACUACCUGUAGCUUACCUUUAAAUUGUAAACGCACAGCUUGGCCCAAAAUGUCCUCUGAUCCUGGGUUAAUGUAUGAAUUUCCUCUUACUCUGUGUCUGUUUGACUGGAUGCGUGCGCAUGUGCGUGCGUGUGUGAGUGUGUUUGUGUGUGUGUGAGAGAGACAGACAGAGGAGGAUUAAUUAACCCAUGGUAGCUCUGUGAAUGUUUUCUUACUGGCUUUCGAUUGCAGAUGAGUUUGUGAAUGUGUGUGUGUGCGCGUGUGUGUGCACUGACUGAUUUGAGAGAUGCUUACUUCAAUACAGUUGUCCAACAGUGCUAGACAGACCAGGGUUUUCUACCAUUUUUAAAUUGAAAAUAUAUGACAGUUCCAUUUAUUUUAUAGAAAAAGGACACAAAACAAACUUCACAAAGUGUAUAAAAGCCAUUUGUCUUGAAUUCAGGGACUGUUUGUUUGUGACACAAAGGAAUGAAUAAAUGAA